AUGGCCAGCCAGGGUGUCAACGUUUUCCGCUAUUCGGCUCUCGUCGCCGGUCUCGUCUACGGUGUCUACCACCAGUCUUCACUCAACUCCGUCGCGAAGCGCACAGAGGUCGAGCAUGAGUACGCACGCAAGGAGCGCCUGAUCGAACAGGCUAAGACCGAGUGGAAGAAGAGGACCCAGCCCCAGGAGACCCAGCAACAAUCUACCGGCCUCAUCACCGACCCCGAGAACCCCAAGUUCGACCUCGAAGCCUUCCUGAAGGCCCAGGCUUAA